CCUUGAUAUGGUCGUUAAAGAAGAAUGCUCCUGUAGAGUGGAGAGAAAUAAUUCUCUGAUUUUCUUUUAUCAGUUUGGUAGAGUCACUGCCUACAAGUGAUUGAGUACGGUAGAUCCGCUUGAACAACUAAGUGGAUUAUAUAUCUUGAAAAGCCAAAUAUUUUCCUACCUUCUGAAAAUUGCCUUGGCUCAUUGAGAUCAUAUGAUGUUCACUCUUUUGGCUGAGAUAUCCGUGCCAAGGGUCAGAUUUGGAUUAAAGCACACUUCAAUUGAUUGUGAUACUUAUUUGAUGCUGCUAUAAAAGCAAAUUUUCAUUUAUGCCUUAAAAAGAAGGUAUCACAUUAACCAUUGAAUCAUUCUCUCAUUUAGCCAAAGAUUCAUCUUUUGCGAGAAACAUGGACUUUGAUGAACAAUCAAAAGUGGAUAAGCUCCUAGGCAGCGGGAAAGUUGCAGAGAUUUUACUGUGGAGAGAUGAAAAGAAAUCAUUUACUUAUUUUUUCACCCUGGUUCUGCUGUAUUACUGGUUUUUCCUUUGUGGAAGGACUUUUAUCUCAUCCGCUGCGAAGCUUCUACUGCUAAUUGCGGUUAUCCUUUAUGGAUAUCACAUUCUGCCAUUGAAUAUAUUCAGUUUUACAAUUCCAAGGAUAUCUUUAUCUUCUUUUGAGAUAUCGGAAGUUGCAGCUUCGCUAUAUUUUUUCAAGCUGAUUGCGUCAUGUUUCUUGACUAUAGCGUUGGGUGUAGCACUAGUCUUAGCAUUUGCAUCAUUAUUCGUCUAUGAGCAAUACGAGGAGGAAAUUGAUGGAAUAGCAACAUUUCUUUUCAAAAGUGUGAGGAAAGCUCUGGGGUUGUUGAUGAAGAAUCUACCAAUGCCCGUGGCCUCGUUUCUUUGUAGCUCUGGAAUGUUGCAAAAGAAACGGCUUACAACCGUCAAGGAUCAGCAAUGA